AUGCCGCCCAUCACGUCCCCGCGGCGGUCUACGUUCCACCCCGUGACCCCGCUGAGCGUGCGCCCCGUGCCCAUUCCCGGCACGGCCAAGGCGCCCAGUCCCCCCGCCAACGGAAACGGCAUGGGGUUCGGACAUGGCUCCGCCGACACCUCCCCCGGCAGCAGCGCAGGCAGCUUUGGCGCCGUCCGGCACCCGACACCGUACAUGGUCGCACUGUCUGGCUGGCCUGAGCCUGUCUUUGUCGCCGAGGCGCGUGACACUUGGGAGAAGCGCAAGUCUCGCCCACCGUCCCCGACUGGCUUUGGCUUUGGCCAGCUCCGCGAUGGCCCCGGCCAGGUGCGCGAGAUGUCCAGCGGCAUGCACGGCGACCCACUGGCACACCGCAGCCGCCCGCCGUCGCCGGCCAGCACGUCGUUCCCAACGAGCAGCGCCCGUGGCACAGCGUCGCCGGACGCCCCCUCGCCAUCGGCUACGAGCACAGCCGGGUCGACUUGUGAUGCCCCGUCCGUGUCGUCUUCCAAUGCCAACCCGCACAACCACUCGGCGUCUGGAGGCCACCCAGCCGGCGCCGGCGCUGGAGCUGGUGCUGGUGCAGCUUCUCGCCCUCACGCUGGACCUUCGGCCUUUGCAGCAGCGGCCCUCGCUGCCAACGCCGCACGCCGCCGCCAACCCGGCAGCUUUGUUGAUCCGCGCUAUGCCCGCAACGCACCUGUCCUCGGUGGAACACGCGGUGUCCUCCGUGUAGCGCCUGCUUGGACAAACUCGACGAGUCACGGCAACAUCACGCACACCCAUACUCAUGCCCACGCCCACGCAUCACAGGUCCACGGAGCCCAGCCAUACCCCGCUCCAGUGAUCGCGACUACUGCGGGUCGUGGAGUUGCGCGCGUCGUCCCGCUCCAAGCCCACCCCUCGCGCGCUCGCGCCGGCGUUCUCGUCACGCCACUAUCCCUCAUUCAGCGUGCAACCCCAGAAGUAUGGCCACCGCCGGGUCACCACCACCACCACAAUCACGGCCACAGCCAUUCCAACUCGCACUCGCACUCCCACUCCCACUCGCACAGCCACAGUCGCAGCCACUCCCAUUCGAGCCCAGCACACGGAUCUCCACCGCACGUCGCCGCCGGCGCCGCUGCCGCGUCCCCGCACCUCGUCACCGAGCUGUACCCUCGCGACCCGGACUCGCCGUGGAUGUGGAAGGCCCCCUCGCCGGCCUCUGGCGCUGUCUCUGGAACGCAUUCGGCCGGUCCUGCCAGCGGAGCAGUCAGCGGCCGCGGCAGCCGGAGUGCAUCCCGCGCCCACUCGGUCGGACGGUCCAGCCGUGGCGCCACGCCCAUGCAGACUUCCAGCGCCAGCGUCAGUCCCCGGCCUAGCCCACCAGCGGCGCUCAAGGAGGAGAUCGCCGAGGACAGGGAGGAGCGCGAACACGAACACGAGCACGGGCACGACGGGCACGAGCGCGACAGCAAGGACGAGGUGCCGGACGAGAAGAUGGAUGUCGACAAUCAUUAA